AUGUCUGUCACGGGAUACUCUGCCGAAAGGCAAACAAUAUUCCUGAACGAGCUAGAUGAGCGUAUUGCUGUCAAUGAUCGGCAGACCAGCGCAGCCACCAGCAAAACGUUGUCCUCCAAUCAAGAUGCAGACUCGACCGGCGAAUCCAGGCCCAUUGGGUCGUCCAAAGGCGAAGAUCAGAAUAAGGGCAAGGUGGCCCUCGAAGAAGCCAUCAAACUCCCUUCGGAUAAAUGGGAUGCAAAGAUGUUUGCGAGCCCUGGGGCCGGGGACGAGCUCAACAAGACCCUGGAAGACAUCCACGGUGACAGGUUGAAGGCCAUGGACGAACCUAGCCCACGCAAUGGCCGAGGUAGUUGCCGACCGUAUUAUGUUCUCGAUUGA